CUGUCCGGUGAAGUGGGGAGCGUCAAAGUUGACUUGGUGUCAGAUGGAGGCUCCUCUUCCGUUUUGUAUGAGGCGGGCAUCCGCCCCGAUUUAUUGCGCCCCGGUACAGCGGCUGUCCCGGGUCGGUGACGUGUCGCUGGCUUCUUUCCACCGCCCCACAAAAAACGAGGGCUUGGCGGGGUCCACCUCGCGAAGGUCCCACGUGUGUCGAGGCCGUUUCGGUGAGCGGCCGCGCGCAUGCGCGUGCGCGUUUCAGAGCUAACGCGAGUGAGCGAGCGAGAGAGAGAGAGAGAGAGAGAGAGAGUGUCCCCGCGGUGGGGGGCGCUUAUUGAGGCUCGCCCACCGCCGGCUCUCUCACUCUCCUAUCUGCCCCUCUUCCAGACGUCAGCAGCUGCUCGCGGAUUGGAGGGCCCCUCGCACGGCGCGGCCCCUUUAAGAUAAGCCGCCGCUUUUGGGGACGCUCGAGCGCUCGUCCACCUGCGACCUUUAUGUCCAGCGCGGGGCUGUAGCUCGUCCUGCGGCGCUCCUGGGAGAUACCAUGAAGUUUCUGCACUGGAGCCUGGCACUCCUCCUGCAGUGGAUCCUACACGAGGCCGCGUGUCUGGAGAAGCAGGCUGCCAAGGCCCUGGAGUACCUCGACCUCGGGCCGGCGGGCUCCGUCAUCAAAACCUCCUCCUACGGGGUCAAGCCGGGCACCUCUCUCCACACCUCCGGCGUCCUCUCCACGGCCGACGACUUCCUCAAGUCCAAGCCCCCCACGUACAGCUUCCUGAACCCGUACGAAUGGGCCCGAAACCAGACCCUGCUGCUGGAGCAGACCGGCUACCGGUCCAAACGCAAGCCCUCCCUGAAGACGGCCAGGACGAAAAAAAUCUUUGGCUGGGGCGACUUCUACUUCAACAUCAAAACCAUCAAGUUCAGCCUCCUGGUGACGGGCAAGAUCGUGGACCACGUGAACGGGACCUUCAGCGUCUACUUCCGGCACAACUCAUCCAGCCUGGGUAACCUGUCCGUGAGCAUCGUGCCACCCACCAAGCUGGUCGAGUUCGACAUCAUCCACCCCCAGAGCACGCUGGACACAAAGGAGUCCAAGACCUUCAACUGCCGGGUGGAGUACGAGAAGACCAACCGGGCCCGCAAGAACAAGCCAUGCCUGUAUGACCCCUCGCAGACCUGCUUCUCGGAGCACACGCAGAGCCACGCCGCCUGGCUGUGCGCCAAGCCCUUCAAGGUCAUCUGCAUCUUCAUCUCCUUCUUCAGCAUCGACUACAAGCUGGUGCAGAAGGUCUGCCCGGACUACAACUUCCAGAAUGACCACCCCUACUUCGGCUGACGCCUGCCCUCCGCUUUCUCUUGGAGGGCACGCCCCUCGCCCUGCCCCGAGGAACGCCACCCUCGGCCGCUUGUCCUGCCGUGAGGCGCGGCCACCAAAUUCCUGACUGUGAGUCUUGACGCGGAAACGCGAGCUGCUGGAGUGGACAACGUGAGCCAAACGAAUGAUGUACCCUGGGAAAGAGCCCAUGUCGAUGCUGAUGGCCUGCUUUGUAAAAUAAAACCAAAACACG